AUGGGUCGGCUCGACCGGAGUGAUACCACGGCCUCACAGAAGACCGACGAGAAACAACCACAGCGUUGUGUUUCGCCGUGUUCUUGGGUUCCAGGCAAUGGACAAAGCUUUCCUCCAAGAAGUGGUGAUACUGCUGGUUACUCUUCUGCUUUCAUACCUGGAAACCUGCCUCGGGUGCUUUCCACUGGAGUAUUUUACUGCGACGAGGACAGCCUAGUGCACAAGAUGAGAUUUGCCAAGGCGUGCGUACUGCUGCUGCAGCUGGGCGCCGUGAUAAUCGCCUACAUCCGAAGACACAAGCCUAUCUCCGAACUGCCCCGUAACUACAACGCAAAUGAUAUUGAAGUUAUAUAUACAAAGGUCGUUGACCUGACUGACUGA